CCAGGUUGCAAAGAAAUGGAAGUGGCUGCAACUGCAGAGGAAUCGGUUCAGUUACAGCCAGUGAAACUGCCGGAGCCUUGGGCAGAAAUCACCUGGGAGGUGACACUAGACUCAGCAGAGAGGUAUCGGAUUGUAACAUUUAAUAAAGGGGAACCCGCUGACCUUGGGUCAUCUCCACAUUUUAUCAACAGAGUAACUUUCCACCCUGAGAAGCUCUCACUGCAGAUUGAUCCCGUUAAGAAGUCAGACGGUGGCCUCUAUACCUUGAGAAUUGACAUUGGAGGAGGCCGUGGAGACAUCACAAAGUUCUGUGUCUCUGUGUUUGACCGAGUGCGGCAGCCAAACCUCACGGUGCUCUCUGUCCACCCGGAGCUCGGCCAGUGCAACGUUACCCUGUCCUGCUCGGUGCCUGGCGCUGACAGAGUCACCUACAGCUGGUCCCGAGGCACGUCCUGGAUCCCAUCUGAGAGGGACCAUCAGCUCCCUAGGAGCCAAUCCCUGCUGCACGUAGUGAUUAAUACAGACAGCAGUGACGUCUUCUACAGAUGUAACGCUAGUAACCGAGCCAGCUGGGCCGCAGACACUGCAGAUGUCAAACCAUUGUGCGACUCCCCAGCCACAGCGCCAACUCCUGGACUCAGGCGACAAGACUUUUUUCAGAAAGUCCCACUGUGGGCAAUUGUUGCUGCAGGUCUGGGGCUGCUGCUUCUGCUCAUGGCGCUUGCCCUCAUCUUCCUCUGCAAGCAUCGGAAAAAGCGAAGCUCCUCCAAAGACAGUGACUCGCCCUUCACCAUCUGUGAGGAAGUGGAGGGCUCCCGCUCCAGAGGAAAUGCAAAUGGAAAUGCCCAGAGCAGAAUUGUAGGAAACACCAUCUACGCUGAGAUCAACUCCAACCCACAAGCCACAGAGGUGCUGCGCAGUCGGGUGAAUGGGAUUGUCCAUGGCACGGUGUAUCUAAACCCCAAACUGCCAGUCCCAGGAGAAUACAAGCAGAUCACCUGGAGGUUCAACAACUCCCUAAAGAUCCUGAUUAAAAAAUGGAAUCAGCCAGAGUCUUAUCCCAGUGGCCUUUUUCAGAAUAAACUGCGUUACCACAAGACUCACACCCUGGAAAUUAAUCAGCUGCAGAAGGAACACAGCGGCGCCUACCAGAUGGAAGUGGAAGACAGCCAAAGCCAGGAGACAGAUGAAUUAUUCCAACUGGAUGUGUACG